AUGUCCGAGCCCAAAGAUGCCCCUGAGGCGAGUCAGGUGGAGCAGGCUCAGAUGCCAGACAUCGAGACCCGUUCCCCUGCAAAUGACGCGGUCGGUGUAAACAACGAUGCCAUCGAGUCCGCUCCUGCAAAGGUCGAAAAGCUGGACAAGGCCGCGCAGUUUCUCAAGCAGGCCCAGCAUCAAGUUGUCGUGACGCGGGCCGAGAACCGUCGCGUGCGGAAACUGAUCGACUGGAGGAUUCUGCCUCUGCUCCUUGUUGUAUACUGCCUCCAAUCGCUCGAUAAAAAUACCUUGUCCUAUGCCGGCGUCUUUGGUCUCAUCGACGAUGCCAAGUUGGUUGGAAACGAGUAUUCGUGGCUCGGGUCUGUUGUCUACGUGGCGCAGCUUUGCUUCCAGCCUGUCGUGGCAUACAUCCUCGUCAAGUUCCCCAUCGGCAAGUUUAUAUCAUGCAUGGUGCUUGCUUGGGGCGUGAUUCUGUGCUGCAUGACUGCUGCACAUAAUUUCACCGGCCUGGUUACUGCCAGAUUAUUUCUUGGCAUUUUCGAAGCUUCUGUCGCCCCGACAUUCGUUGCCAUUGUUCAGAUGUGGUAUAGACGACGAGAACAGACUCUGAGAAACUCUUUCUGGUAUGCACAACUUGGAGUUGUGAACAUUCUUGGAAGUCUGCUAUCCUAUGGACUGGGGCAUGUCAAUUCCAGCGUCCUUCAUCCUUAUCAGGUCAUUUUUCUCUUCUGUGGCUGCCUCACCUUUGCGUGGUCGAUUGUCAUGUUCAUUUGGAUGCCCGACUCGCCCAUGACUGCCAAAUUCCUGAAUGCAGAUGACAAGUUGAUUGCUGUUGAGCGACUCCGCAUGAAUCAGCAGGGUAUCGGAUCCGGAGUUUGGAAGUGGGACCAUGUGAAGGAGUGUCUGCUUGAUCCCAAGACGUGGUUGUGGUUCUGCACCAUAUUUGCCAUCUCAGUCCCGAGCGGUGGUAUUUCGACAUUCGGUCCCCUGAUCAUCGAGUCCUUCGGCUUCGACCGGUUCACCACGAUCCUCUUCAACAUGCCUUUUGGCGCUAUUCAAAUGAUUGCCACGAUCGGAGGUGCCUGGCUUUCAGAUAAGAUCAAGAUGAAAUCCCCCGUUCUGAUUCUGCUCUGCCUCGGCCCCAUUACGGGAUGCUCCAUUCUUCUUGCCGUCGGACGUGAGCCUAGCGAUCGCGCCCUGCUCCUCUUCGGUUACUAUAUCAUCUCCGUGUACCCGGGCAUCACUCCCUUGAUCUACUCUUGGUCAGGCCAGAACACGGGUGGUGAUACGAAGCGCAAAGUCACGACGGCCAUGAUCUUCAUUGGAUCCAACGCGGGCAACAUCAUCGGCCCGCUUCUCUUCCGCACAGACGAACGCCCCAGGUACACUCGUGGUUUGACAGCGAACCUGGUCCUCUUCAUUGUACUGGCAGUGCUAUUUGCCUUCGGCAUGCUGUUGAUCAAGGUCCUAAACAAGAGACACGCCCGCCAACGUGUGGCUCUCGGCAAGCCUGAGCACAUUGUCGAUUUCAGUAUGAUGGAUAACAGGGAGCUGGAGGAUGAUGACGAUCUUAUGAAUCAAGCCAAUGAUCAAACCGGAGAGAGAGGUUUUGAGGAUUUGACCGACUUGAAGAACGAGGAUUUUAUUUAUGUUUACUGA